CAGGUCGAUACCCGAACCCCAUCCCCAUCCGCAACCAUUUCAGCCGACUCCAUAGCAACGUGGAUGCACUUCAAUUGUUUAUGCAUCGAUGUAUUGACUGCUAAUAGAGACGUUGUGCAGAGCAAAGUUUUUCCACCCACACACAUUUAAAGUUUAAAGAGGCAAACAAAUCGCUACCAUGAAUAGGCCAAAGCAGAGCACCAGCUCCAACAACAGUGGCACAUCCUCGGAAACCAGCGAGACGCAAAGUGUGGAUGACCAGCAAAGAACUCCGCAUUUGAACAUUCGUGCGAGUAGUGCAUCAUUGAGUAGAGCCAAAAACAGUUGGAGACGCAUGAAGGAGCUGGCUGCGGAGAAGGAAAAGGAAAAUGAGGCCAAGCGACCGCCUUGGCGAGCAGUUAGCGUUUCUACGCUUACCAAACCCGAUAAAAGCGCCUUGCUUCGGGCCAAAUUACUGGAUGCCUCAAGACGGCUUAGAGCUGGCAAGGCAAAUGUGGCUCUACAAACGGACUUUGUGCCCACAAAGCUAAUGAAAGAGGCUAGCUUUGGGGUACAGGAGGAUCUUAUUCUGCACAAGGACAUUGGCAUUCUCACCGACGGACAGUACUCGAAGAAGAAGGAUGGCUAUGAAAAGUAUGUGCUCACGUAUUCCAUGUCACAAAUGACCGAUAGUGUGGCUACAGUUUCGCGCCAAACACAAACUCUGCUGCCCAAGGCAUAUAAUAAAGAUCUCGUAAAUUCGUACCUCCCCAAAUCCGAAGAAGAUGAUGGCAGUGACAUUAUGUCCGAUGUGGAGAAAAGGCUUGGCGAUCAAAUUGCCAAGAUACGGAAACUAAACUUUGACGAAACGCAUCAGCCAAGAAGAAGUGGGAAUAAUACGAUCCUGGCUCCUACCCUGUCAUCCUGGCACUUCGAUGACGAUGCAGUGGAAAUGGAAGCUGAUCGACACUUUAUACCCUACACAAUUGAGUCGUUUAAGCCCUGGCGGAGCUUCGUUCCAUUUCCCUUCCGAUUGAGGGGUAACUCCCUAAUUGGCACCCAAAAGAUUGAUUGGUACGCCCUACUGCAGUCUAUUGACGACCUGAUCAAGGAGUCCAACAAUCUGGUAGACAAGUUGGAGCAGAUAAUGUUGGAAAAUCGAACGCAUCGGAAGUCUGUGCUGGGAAAUCUGGGUAAAAUUCCCAAGUUCGAGCCCAGCAACUUAACACCUCCGUCGGAGCAAUGGCUGCCACUAAUUGAACAGCAGGAAAAGCAACUGCAAAUUAUUUUGAGCAGCAGCGGGGCUAAGGUUGAAUCUCCCGAGUAGUGGUUAAUAAAGUAUCCAAAUACGAUGAUGGUUAAAAAUUAUGAAAUCAAAUUACCUGCACCCUGUUUAAGAUAUGAUUUAAACACUAUAUUCGUAUGGUUUAUAGCCUAAGGCUUUAAAAAGCGAAAGAAAAGCUUGUUAGUCAAAGCACUAGAAAUUGUAGUGAACUACAGAACACGG